AUGGCCGUCUUUGACUGCUCUUUCGACCCACAUCCAACUUUUUAUAUAUAUACGAUGUAUAUUAUUGGUAUGAUUGUACUCCCCUUUAAUAUGUUCGGCACAUAUUGUGUCGUUAAGAAGACACCCGCUCAUUUGGCUGAUUAUAAAAGAACACUACUUUACUAUCAAUUAUGCGUUUCGAUAUCGGAUUUCUUUAUAGCAUUUGUUUUCACGCCUGUCCUUUUCGUUCCUUUUCCAAUACACUAUUCAGCUGGUAUUACAAGCUUGUUCAGUUUCGAACCUAUAAUUUGCCUAGUAGGAUGUAUGUUUUGUCUUCUUCAAUCCUUUUCUGCCACUCUCCAUCUAUUUCAUUACCGUCUGAUGGUAAUACUUCCUCCUAACAGCAUAUUCCGAUGGCAACGUCCGACUACUUUUUGUUUUCGCGUCUUCUCCAGCGUUCUGGUUGUUUCUCCCAUAGUGAUUAUUCCCAUUACUUACCAGCAUACAGAUUUGACAGUUUAUGGAGCGACGAUUCGACAACAAUAUCAAUGUGUUGACCAUGUUAUGUCACACUCAAGAGCUCGUGUUAGUGAUCCAAGCUUGAAUAGACUGGUCCAUCUUUAUAUAGGAGGCAUGGGUGUAACCCUGUGGUUCGUGUCUGCCUGCAUGGCUUUUACGACAUAUUGGAUAAUGAGAAGGAUGAAAGCAAUAUCUGAAAAAACUCAUCACUUGCAGCAAAAAUUCCAGCUCGUUCUAAUGAUUCAAGCGGUCUUUCCAAUUAUUGUUAUCGGCAUCCCAGGAUGGAUAAUGAUUGGUUUGUAUGCUACAGAUCGCUUCGCACCCCAAUGGUUAGGUCUUCUCUUCAUGCUAUCACUCUCUAUCCAUGGCUUCGUCGGCAAUGUAAUAAUGGUUCUAUUUAACUCUGAUUAUUACCGUUUCGCCAAAAAAUCGCUUUCAAGCUUGACAAAAUGGAAAAUAAAUGAUUCCAGCUCCAAUAACUCUGAGUGA